AUGCCAGGCACUCGCUCGCAAAGGUCCAGGGGUAAACCGUCGUUCCUCAAGCGGUCAUCAACAAAAGGCAGCAGCAAAAAUGAGACUCCGGAAAUCAUCCAACAAAUUGCCCGCGCUGCUUUGGUCUACUCUCUCAAGCGUCUGACCAGACAAGACUCGACCGAGAAAGGCAGCACAUCACGGCAACAACCUCGGUCAAGAUCGGCACACAAAGACAAACAGCCCAACGAGCGAGACCGUGGCACAGCAGUCAGAGCACGAGACAGCAGCAGAGCUAGUCACCGCAGCGACCGAGACCGAGACCGCGAUGGUACCCGUGAUGGCAACGACCUCCACGACGUAAUGGGUCAACUAGCCGUUGGCAUCCUCGGCUUUGGCAUCCGUCACUUUCUCCAUCAACGCAAGAAGAAGGAGAAGGAGGAGAAGGAGGAGAAGAACAAGAUCAAACCUCCCUUGUACUCAACCACCGCGACCCAAGGACCACGGCCUUCGGGAGAAUACCCAUACACCAGCUACGCCGACUAUCUGGCUGCUACCAGCAACAACAACACUGGAACUGGAAUCGGAGCCGGCACCAGAUCCAGAUCACUUCCCAUUGAUGGCCCCGGGACAGAAGCAACAAGCCUAGCAGCAACGCUCGACUCACUCAAGAAGGAACUGCGGACUACUUCAGAAGCCUUGGCUGAACUCACCUCGAAACCACCGUCGCAUAAAAAUUGCGAGGUGCACGAAGCGUUGGCGAAGAGGGCAGAGGGAAUCAGGGCUUCGAUAGAUAAUUUGGAGAUGGCAGUCAAUAAUGUCAGGAACUUGCAUCCUGAGAUUGAUGAUGACCGUGGUGCAUAUGGAGGGGUUGGCAAGGUGGGUAGAAAGGAAGAGAAAGGAAAGGGGAAGGAAGGUGAGGUUGGGAAGGAACGAAGUGAUGAUGAUGGGUGGGGUGAAAGAGAGGGAAGGAGGAGAGACCGGGAACGAGAAAGGGUGCGUAGGCAUAGGGAUGAUGGAAGGUGGUCUAGUAGGGAUGGGGAGAGGAAGCCGAGGAGAUCGGUUGAGUUUGAGGAUGAUUUGGAUCGAUAUGGAUAUUCAAGGGCAAGUGGAAGAGGGGAGUACAGGCGCCGGAGGAAAUAA